AUGAAGUCCUUUGCUGCUAUCAGUCUUGUGGCUGCUGCCGUGGCCCUGCCUCAAACUUCUUCCCCAGAAGGUUGCGCAUCUUCUGCUCCCGGAUCCUUCCAGGUCUCGCCUGUCAAAGUUACCUCCUCUACCAAGCGUAGCAUCGAGGCUCGUCAGCUUGCUGGAACUCUUACUCUCACUCUCAACGAUGGUGAAUUGAAGGAUCAGGCUGGUCGUAUCGGAUACAUUGCCUCGAACUACCAGUUCCAAUUCGACAACCCAGUACAGGCUGGUGCCCGCGAGACCUCAGGCUUCUCCCUCUGCGGUAAUCAGUCGCUGGCCCUCGGCGGCUCAACCGUCUUCUACCAAUGCCUGUCCGGUACCUUUUACAACCUUUACAGCCAAUCCACCGGCGAACAGUGCAACCAGAUCCACAUGCAAGCCGUCAACGCCCCCGGCGGUGGUGCCUCUCAAAUCCCUGACGGCCAGCCCCAGGCCACCUCUGCCGGCCCUGCCGUUUCCCAAAUCUCCGACGGCCAGCCUCAAGCUAGCUCUGCCGGCCCUGCCAUCUCCCAGAUCUCUGAUGGCCAGCCUCAGGCCCCAACUGGUGUUGUGUCCCAGAUUAGUGACGGCCAGCCCCAGGGUCCCACCGCUACCCCCGUCGUUUCUCAAAUCUCCGAUGGCCAGCCACAAGCCCCUACUGGUGUUGUGUCGCAGAUCUCCGAUGGCCAGGUCCAAGCCCCGACAGCUGUUGUGUCCCAGAUCAGCGACGGUCAACCCCAGGCUCCCAUUGCCACUGGCAAUGUCACCAGCCCCACCAUGCCCGCUAUGCCUGAAUUCACAGGUGCAGCUUCCACCAGCUUUGCCAGCUUCAGUGCCCUUGCCGCCGGUUUCCUCGGUCUCUUCGCCAUGUUGUAA